CGAGGGGUGGGAGGGCGGCGAUCGGAGCGCGCUCCUUGAGGAAGGUUUCUCUGUAGCAGGCUGCUGGCGGGGCAGGUGAGGAGCCCGGCUCCUUAGGGAGCGAAAUCGCCUCCAUGCACGGUGCAGCCAGCCGUCGGUUCAUCGCGAAAUCCCGCUUCUGUUAGAGGGCACGGCCUGGAGGACAACGCCGUGCCUCCUCAAACGGCACAGAUCCAGAGGAGGGGAGCUGCGGGGAGCGUCUUUCCGUUCAGAAGAAAUCACAGACUGAAAGGAAUGUGCCUGUGAGCAGACGGAAAGAGCCACCGUAAACUAAACAGCAAGUUUCAGAUCUGAAUUGGGCGUGAUUAUUGUAUUAGUUUUGUGUAUUCGAUACAGGAACUGUAACAAAAUAAAACAAAAACUUGCUGACCUACAAGUUGAAGUCCGUGUAGGACCGGGCUGCCGCCGCUGCGCGGAGAUGCGCGGUUCGGAGCGAGCAUCGCUGCUGCUCGUCGGAUUGCAUCUCCACAGCCUGCAAGUGAUCUUUUCAGCUAACACAGGUUUCUCUAUGUCUAUAUAUGAUGUGACCUCAAGAAGCAUUUAUCUCAGAUGGUCCAAGUUUUCAGGAGCCUCUUCUUACAGAGUCACAGCUACAGCUGUGAAUAGUGUAGGCCAUUCUUUACUGGCUUAUUUUAGUGAUGGGACACUUAAGAGCACUCUAACUUCAUUAAUUCCCAAUACUGUCUAUGCUAUACAAGCAGAAGCCAUUGACAAGAAUGGAAUUACUCUGGCAGAAACACAGACUGUGCAAUCAACAGCUCCAGACGUUCCUGUUAUUGAUCAAGCUUACUCAAAACUUAGCAAUAGUAUCACAGUAGAAUGGAGAGCAGUACCUGGAGCUACUAGUUAUCUGCUGGCUGCACAGGAUGGAGAUGCCUGCAUUGAAACUGUAGUCACAAAAUCACCAGGUACAGUGAUGGGAUUGGAACCAGCCACCUGCUACAGAAUCACCAUCAGGUCUGUAAACGCAGGAGGAAAGAGCCGCCCUUCACCUUCCAGAAAAACAACAACAGUCUUGUCUGCUCCAGUUCUGUCUGCCAGUUCCCCGAGCUGUGAUUCCAUUGCCGUGAGCUGGAAAGCUGUGUAUAUGGCAGUUGGGUUCUCUGUGUCCCUGAUGAGAUCAGACGGUUUGGGCAGAAUGCUGAAGCAGAACACCACCAAUACCUCCUUCGUAUUUUCAAACUUAGAUCCAGGAACUCUCUAUACUAUAAAAGCAUAUGCCUGGAAUGCCAACGGCCUUCCUGGAGAUGAUUUCACAUAUAACCAAAGAACAAGUCCUAAGGCACCAGCAGAUGUUCAAGUAGCUUUCAGUAGUGGAGCUUUAAGAGCUAUUGUUUCUUGGAUGCCAGCAGAAGGAGCUCUGACUUACAGUGUGACUGCCUCCAGUGGACUGUUGAAACUGAAGUGUAACACAUCUUCUUCCUCCUGCACAGUACCAUCGCUCCAGUGCGGGUCUGAGUAUUCCGUUUCUGUCACAGCACAUAAUGAUGCUGGAUCCAGUAAUCCUACUGAUGCAGUGAGCUUAAAAACUAUUCCUUGUGCACCAGGAAAUAUAUCAAUUAAAGAUGAUGAACAUGGAAACUUAUUGGUAUCAUGGUCUAGAGUAAAUUUUGGACAUUAUUAUGUGGUUUUUGUGAAGAGCGAUGAUGGCUUGGAAGUAUAUUGCAACACAUCCCACACACAGUGCCAUUUCCAGUCAGACUGCGGUUUCACUUAUUUCGUUAGUGUCUUUGCAUAUAACAAUGCAGGGCAGAGUCCUUUAGGUGAUGUAUUCAAUUACACAACUGCACCGUGCUGCCCCAGUAACUUCCGCGCAGUGCCGGUGUCGAGCGACACGGUGGAGGUGAGCUGGGCUCCCGUCCGCGGUGCUGAAAUGUACGAGACCAAGGCUGCCUCCGGGAGGGGGACGGUGCUGUGCAACGACACGGCCACCGCCUGCACCCUGUCUGCUCUGCGCUGCAACACCCGCUACAACGUCACCGUUUACUCCUUCAGCGAGGCCAGGGGCAGCAACACUUCGUGUGCAUCUAAGUAUGUGGCAACAGCUCCCUGCAGUCCUGAAAUUAAAAAUAUCUCAAAGGAGGCUCUUUCUGUGAUCAGUGUGCACUGGCAAUCUAACAACGAGGAAGCUACAUAUAUCGUAACUGCCCAAGGAGAGACUGGCCUUUGGCACUGUACAAGCUCUGGAAACUCUUGUACCCUAAUUAAUCUUCCCUGUGGAUCUGCUUUCUCUGUCAGUGUUGUAGCAAGAUCACCAGCUGGACAGAGCUUGCCAAGCUACAGUGUCCCUUUAGAGACCGCUCCUUGUUGCCCUAACGACCUGACACUAACUCAAGUGACACAGUCGGUAACAAACAUCACCUGGUCUGCUGGAAUGGGUGCACACACAUAUGCAACGACACUGGAGUCUCCAAAGGGACAGGCAAGAUGUCACACUCUUCAGAACUACUGUCUCCUGGGAUGCAUCACAUGUGGCACCAACUACACAGUAUCACUGAAAGCCAUCAGUGAAACUGGUUUGACAUCCCAUUGCACAUAUCAAGGAUAUUCUUCCAGUGCUUGCUGUCCUUCUGGAGUGAAGCUAUAUAGACUUGGCAAUAAUGGUAUCCGCGUAUACUGGCGAGCUUCUGAAGAAACAAUAAGCUACACUACUGAUUUACGUGGCUCAAAAGGCAAUUUCACUUGUUCACCUCGCUCGGGUCUAAGUUACUGUGAUAUUACUGAGAUACCUUGUGGUGAUGUCUACACAGCAGUAGUAUCUCCAGCUACGGAUAAGAGGCUGAAGCUCACCUUUUGUCCUAAAAAAAUAUAUUCAGUAACCUGUUCUGGAAGCUCUGUUGGAAUGGUGAUAUACAGAGGGAAGAGCAGUGCAGAACACGUCUAGAUGGAAAUUCUGGCUCAGAUGAGGAGGUAAGUUAUUAGGUCA